AUAACUAAGAUUUUGUUAUAAUUUAGGAUGAUUUUGGCACUAUCGUUAGCACUGCUUUUCUUAUAUUUAUUUCACUUUAUUUAUUGGAAAAGACGUAAUUUACCACCAGGUCCGGCUCCACUACCUUUUGUUGGAAACCUCUUGAUGUUAACUGAGAAAGUUAAACCAGGAUACAAAUUGUGGGAUAGCUUAACACAACAAUAUGGAUCGGUUUUUACAUUUUGGAUGGCUGGCCUUCCAAUGGUUUUUGUGACUGAUUGGAAGUUAAUAAAACAAUAUUUUAUUAAAGAUGGAGGAAGCUAUGUUGGAAGACCAGAAUUUCCUCUAAAUACUGAAGUAAAAAAAGGUCCAUAUGGAAUUAUAGACGCUCAUGGAAAUCGAUGGAUUCAACAAAGAAGAUUUGCUUUACAUGUUCUCAGAGAUUUUGGAUUGGGAAAGAAUAUUAUGGAGGAGAAGAUAUUAACUGAAGUGACUGUUAUGAUUGAGAGAUUACGAAAAACAAUUGCCUGCGUGGAUAUGCAAAAUGUUUUUGAUACUUCAAUAGGUUCAAUUAUCAACUCUUUGAUAUUUGGAUAUAGAUUUGACGAGAGUGAAUUCGGAUGGAAGUUUGAAAAAAGUCGAAGAGCUUGUUCCAUUUUCAAUUGGAAAACGACAGUGUCCCGGCGAAGGACUUGCCAAAAUGGAAUUAUUUCUGUUUUUUGCAAACUUGUUCAAUACAUUCGAUAUUCAACUUCAUGAAUCCAAUUUGAAUGCAAGCAUAGAAAAGGAUAGUGGAAUUACGAUGAAAGCGAAAAAUUAUAAAAUAACCCUCAAAGAACGUUUUUAAAAUUUCAAAUUGUGCAUAUCUAGUGCUCCCUGAAAUUUCAAAAAUAAAAUAUUCAAAACAUUCA